GGUGCUGUACGUCCAAGAUGGCGGCGCCCUGUAGGCUGGAGGAACUGUGAGGUAAACAGCUGAGGGGGAGGAGACGGUGGUGACCAUGAAGGACACCAGGUUGACAGCACUGGAAACUGAAGUACUGACUGUUCUCAGAACAGUCUGGUAGUGGCACCAAUGAAGAGCCUUCAGAGUCUUUAACCAUUGUCCUGGGCCCGGCGCACCACGUCUGUGUGAGAAGAUGGCCCAGCCCACGAACAUCGGGGAGCUCCUCUCCAUGCUGGAGUCCCCCGUGCCGAGUGUGCGCGAGGGCGUCGCGGCCGUCUUUAAAAAGAACCUCGAUUCUGACCGCGGUCCAAUGCUUGUGAACACCUUGGUGGACUAUUACUUGGAGACCAGUUCUCAGCAAGUGUUGCACAUCCUGACGGCCUUGCAGGAGCCACACGAUAAGCACCUCUUGGACAAGAUGAACGAAUACGUGGGCAAAGCCACCUCUCGGUUACCCAUCCUCUCGUUGCUGGGGCACGUCAUUCGGCUGCAGCCGUCCUGGAAGCAUAAGCUCUCUCAGGCGCCUCUUUUACCUUCUUUACUGAAAUGCCUCAAGGUGGACACUGAUGUCAUCGUCCUCACAACCGGGGUCUUGGUGUUGAUAACCAUGCUGCCAAUGAUCCCUCAGUCAGGGAAACAGCACCUGCAUGACUUCUUUGACAUCUUUGGCCGUCUUUCAUCGUGGUGCCUAAAGAAACCAGGCCACGUGGCAGAGAUCUCCCUAGUCCACCUCCACACCAGUGUUUACGCGCUCUUCCACCGCCUCUACGGGAUGUACCCGUGCAACUUCGUUUCCUUCCUGCGCUCUCACUACAGCAUGAAGGAGAACUUAGAGACCUUUGAGGAAGUGGUCAAGCCAAUGAUGGAGCAUGUGCGGAUUCACCCAGAACUGGUGACCGGAUCCAAGGACCAUGAACUGGACCCUCGGAGGUGGAAGAAAUUAGAAACCCACGAUGUCGUAAUCGAGUGUGCCAAAAUCUCCUUGGACCCUACUGAAGCCUCGUACGAAGAUGGCUAUUCUGUGUCUCACCGCCACUCAGCCCGCUGUCCUCACCGCUCCGCCGAAGUCACCGCCAGCCCUUACGCCGACACGCAGAACAGCUACGGGAGUGUGACGUCCGCCCCUCGCUCCGCAGCCCGGCCAGUGCUGUCCAGCACCCCGGGGCGGCUGCCUCCACCUCUGAGCUUCCCUGCGGCGCGGCUGUCAGUGGAGCCGCCACAAGCCACGCUGUGGAGCCCGUCUGUGGUGUGCGGCAUGACCACCCCGCCGACUUCUCCCGGAACUGUCCCAUCUGACUUGUCACACCCUUGCAGUAAAGCCUUUGGUACAACUGCAGGUGGAAAAGGAACGCCCCUGGGAACCCCCGCGACCUCUCCUCCUCCGGCCCCACUCUGCCCUGCGGAUGAUUUUGUGCACGUGUCCCUCUCCCAGCCUGCGGCCAUGCCCCCCCGGAAGGAGGAGAGAGCAGACUCGGCAAGGCCCUGUCUACACAGACAGCACCACAUCCCAAACGAGCGAGGACUAGAAGAGUUCUCUGCCAGCAAAGGCUCUGUCCCUCUAAGCGAUCUUCCAAAGUUUCUGGGUGACCUGGCUUCUGAAGAAGACAGCCUUGAGAAAGACAAAGAGGAAGCGGCGAUAUCUAGAGAACUCUCCGAGAUCACCCCGGCUGACGCUGAGCCUCUGGUUCCUCGGGGAGGCUUCGACUCUCCCUUCUACCAGGACAGCCUCCCAGGCUGCCCGAGGAAGACUCCCUCCACCGCCUCCAGCGUCCCCGGUGCCGCCGUGCACCCCGAGCCUUUCACCCCCUCCCAGGACAAGCUGGGACCUGACAUGCCGAAGCAAGCCUUCAUGCCCAUAGAGCUGCCCAGCGCGGGCACCGACGAAGGCCCCGCUGGAAACAGGGGGCUCCAGACCCUUCUGGAGACAAGCAUCCUCACACCCAGCCCUUGUAAAGUUCCGCCUCAGAGGGGCCUGGGCUUUGGGAGUGGGCAGCCUCCCCCCUACGAUCAUCUUUUCGAGGUGGCAUUGCCAAGGACUGCCCAUCAUUUUAUCUGCAAGAAGACUGAGGAACUGUUAAUGAAAGCGAGAGGAAACGCAGAGGAAGACUACGCGCCGGCUGCCUCCCCGCUGGAGAUACUGGACCGGCUGAUCCAGCAGGGGGCCGACGCACACAGCAAGGAGCUGAGCAAGUUGUCUUUACCCAGCAAGUCUGUGGACUGGACCCACUUUGGAGGCUCUCCUCCCUCAGAUGAGAUCCGCACCCUCCGUAACCAGUUGCUUUUACUGCACAACCAGUUGCUCUAUGAGCGUUUUAAGAGGCAGCAGCACGCUGUCCGGAACAGGCGGCUCCUCCGCAAGGUGAUCAGAGCGGCGGCUCUGGAGGAGCACAACGCGGCGAUGAAAGACCAGUUGAAGUUACAAGAGAAAGACAUCCAGAUCUGGAAGGUUAGUCUGCAGAAAGAACAGGCCAGAUACAGCCAGCUCCAGGAGCAGCGGGACACAGUGGUCAGCCAGCUGCACAGCCAGAUCAGACAGCUGCAGCAUGACCGGGAAGAGUUCUACAACCAGAGCCAGGAACUGCAGACGAAGCUGGAGGACUGCAGGAACAUGGUUGCAGAGCUGCGGCUGGAGCUCAAGAAGGCCAACAACAAGGUGUGCCACACCGAGCUGCUGCUCAGCCAGGUGUCUCAGAAGCUCUCAAACAGUGAGUCGGUCCAGCAGCAGAUGGAGUUCCUGAACAGGCAGCUGCUGGUUCUCGGGGAGGUCAACGAGCUGUAUCUGGAACAACUGCAGAACAAGCAUUCGGACACCACAAAGGAAGUGGAAACGAUGAAAGCUGCGUAUCGGAAAGAACUGGAAAAGAACAGAAGCCAUGUGCUGCAGCAGAGUCAGAGGCUCGACACCUCCCAGAAACGGAUUUUGGAACUGGAAUCUCAGCUGGCCAGGAAGGACCACCUUCUUCUGGAGCAGAAGAAGUACUUGGAGGAUGUCAAGCUGCAGGCCAGGGGGCAGCUGCAGGCGGCAGAGAGCAGGUAUGAGGCGCAGAAGAGGGUCACGCAGGUGUUUGAACUGAAGAUCUUAGACUUAUAUGGCAGGCUGGAGAAAGACGGCCUCCUGAAGAAACUUGAAGAUGAAAAAACAGAAGCAGCGGAAGCAGCAGAAGAAAGGCUCGACUGUUGUAAUGACAGCUGCUCGGACUCUGUGACAGGGCACAGCGAUGAGACACCUGGCCGCAACGGUGAGACCAAGCCCCCCAGGCCUGGCGGCGCCCGGGGCGCUGGGGCAGGCAGAGGAGGCGGGGGCGGCGGCGGCAGCAGCAGCAGCAGCCAGCUGUCCACGCCGGAGAAACCGCCGAACCCGAGGGCCGGCCCGUUCAGCAGCCGGUGGGAAAGCGCCGUGGGCGAGCCCUCUGCCGGCCUCCCCACGACUGUUGGCUCGCUUCCGAGUUCAAAAAGCUUCCUGGGCAUGAAGGCUCGGGAGCUGUUUCGUAACAAGAGUGAGAGCCAGUGCGACGAGGACGGCAUGGCCGUCGGCAGCCUCUCCGAGACCCUAAAGACAGAGCCGGGCAAAGACUUGGGCGUGGAAGCCAAGACCCCCCUGCACCCCGACAGCCCGCACCCGUGUCCCCCGAACCCAGACAGUGUUGGACAGCUUCGCAUCAUGGACUACAACGAGGCCCAUCCUGAACACAGCUAAGGGUGGGCGGGCAGCGUCAGCCUGUGCGCGGGUACAGGCCGGGGCGGGCGCCGUCCCCGUGCUCCUGCUCGCGGGGCUUGUGCGGCGGCUCACGUGGCGGGAGAGGGACGCAGGGCCUUUUGACAGCUCACCCAAUGCGGAACGGUUUCUGGGUCUGGCAUUGAAAUGCCUCCCCCCCCCCCCCCAUUUACCUAGCAGCGUGUACUAACCCGAGGGCCAGUUUGCAUUCCUCAGUAGCUUUAUUUUCCUCCUUGCCCCCAGUGGUCGAGUCCUUUGAACCAGUGCAAUAUGAGGCCAAAUGUCGAGUCCGACACCCCACUCUGUCCUCCCUGAAGCUCAGACAACCGGGCGGGCUCCCCGUUAGCCGGUGGCAGGUUGCACCGCAGGGGACAUGCUGUCUGCCCUUCCUGGAGGAGGUGGUGUGCAGAGCUGACACCUUUACGUGAACACUUUUACAGGAUACUCUUAUGCUGCUUUUGGUUCUGAAGUUCAGCAUCUAAAGCAGCAGGUUAGAAAAGCAAUGGUUCAGUCACCCAUAUGUUCUUUUGGCGGUUAAGCUUCCUAGAAAGUUCUGUAUGAACAGGCCUGGAGCUGGCACGGUGGAGACGACAGUCCGUUUGGGGAACAGCCUGUCCGCCUCCCCACUACCUCUUAUUUAUUCGGUGUUUGCUCGAAAACUGGUACUGUUCUGACCACAGACUGCGUGUGGGUGAGCCUGCUGUGUGCAGGACGGAAGGGCCGGGGCGCAAGCAGGCACCUGAGGGACGGUGGACGAGGAGCCGCCCUCUGGGCCGGGCCGACCCCGUCGGCUCCCGGAGAUCCCCGUGCCGCUCUGGGCGCAGCUUCCCUGUGACCCUGCGGCAGCCAGGCUCCGAGGGCCGCAGGGUUUUCUCAGAGCUUCUGUGACUGUUGUUUCUCAGGUGGUCAGAGCUGCCUUGCUGAAGUAGGGUCUAGGCCACCGGAAGGGUAACAGCUUUUACCCCGAUUCUGACUUAAGGGCGACUCUCCAGGCAGCGUGAUGCCGCUGCCCUCGGACACGCCAGUGACGGCAGUGCCGUGUCCAGCGGAAUCCUGCCGUGCGGACAGAGGCUGGCGGCCCGCACGCACUCUGGAGAGGUGACACCGGUCAGGACGUCGGCGGUGGCAGAGAACCCAGGCUCAGCAGACGCUCCCGGAGUAAAUGCUAGAAGCCUAAGAAUCCUCGCCUGGUGAUCCAGCAGCGGUGAGGAGAGACUGGUGGGGAAGAGCCAGUGGGCUCGGUUUUGCUUCCUGUUCUCGGAGUUCAAGUGUAGGAGGGAGAAGACACACGUGACGGCAGGAAGUCUUGGCGCCCCCGGGAACUUCCAGUGAGGGAGGGCAAGUGCGGCAGCCAACAGCCUGGCCCCCCGCGCCAGACGGGGCGAGGGGAGGAGGUUCCACGUCACUGCGGCCGUGUGAGCAGACCUCCCUGCCCGGGACAGCGCGGGGCUGUGGCCGACCCGUGCCAGCCUGUGUGGGGCCGUCCCGGGCACAGCGCUGUCCUGUGGUGCGUGUCCCCCAGGGAGCGUCGCGCCACCCGUUCAGUUCACGUGUGUCCUAAGGAAAGCGUGAAGUCGAGGACGUGUGUUUGCCUCGUCCGGGUUCAGAGAGGGAGAACGCGCAGAUGUGGAGAGGAAAGAGAUACUGUGGAGAGUAAGUGCGGAAACCCUUCUAACCACCCGCCUGUCCCUAAGCCCAGGAGAUGAGGCCCCAGCGCUUCAUCAGAGCCUUGUCUCUCACUGACGUGCAGCGGCAGGGCGGCCCGCCUGAAGAGAGGAGGCUGUUUUCUCUUCGCGGGCCGAUGGUGAGACGCGGGGAAGGAGACGCCACGGGGGGAAACGGGCUGAGGCUCCGCAGCGGCCUCUGCACCGGGGCCCGGGCGCGUGCCUCGGGCCUGGGCAUCCGUCCGCCCUGUCUCGACAUGGCCGAGCCAGAGGAGCUGUGCGGCCCCCUUCAGGCUCCGGGGGCUGUGGGUUUGGUUCAGCCAGGGCUGGAGACCGAGGCCUGGAGCCACAUGGAAGUGGCCCUGCCCAGAAACGUAGGUUUUUAUGUCGCGAAGGGCUCGGUAGUGAGGUUUUGCUUAGUUUUGGAAUUGGUAAACCUGUCAGGAGUCAACAGGCAUUUUUCAGGAUGGAAAGGUGACUGUAGAGGAGGUCCUGCGAAUCGGCGGGGACUGGCCAGGCAGAGGCGCGAGCGCGGAGCCUGGGCCGACGGCGCUCACAGGCACGGGCCGGAUGGCCUCUGCCCGGGGCCAAGCAGGCCCCCUGGCCGGCAGUGUUUGGCCAGCGUCCCAGUCCCACCUGACACUAACCAGGGUCGGCAGGGGCCCGGAGAAGGUGGCAGGCUGACUCCUGGGCGGCGUGAGGUUCCUAAUAGGAUCACUACAGCCUCCUCUGGGCGGGGGGCGGGGGGAGAGCAGCGUGGUCUCCAGAGAGGGCGCGCCCCCAGUCUGCUGCAGGUCGGUCAGUGUGGGUCUGCGUCCGAUGGGAACCAAUGACUUAAAACGAGCUUUGGCCGGGUCCUGCUGUGACGUGAAAAUCUUUACUGUGUGAUGGGAGGGCAUGCUGGUCGCGAAUCAGGACACCGGCUGGGGUCCAAGGGCCGGGGAGAGAGGCCGCUGCUUGGGCGGCGAGGGGCGGAGGGCCCCCUUGGAGAGGAGGCGGCCGGCCUGCUGAGGCGGGUGAGAAGACGGGCCCCCCUCUGGGCUUGUCAGGUUUCCAGGAGAGAGAGCUGCCAAGCCUCCGGGAAUAAGUAGCUGACGGUGCUCACUGGGCUCUGUGAGCAGAGAGAGAAGUGGUAGGUGAGCUGCUUUGUGAGCGGAGCGUGCGUGCCGUCCCGCGGGGAGGGAGCCCCGGCUCCUCUCCACUGGUGAACUGUUCGGGCCCCGGUCGGGACCCAAAGCCACUGACCGUGGGAAAGCCAGCCCAUGCACCAGCACAGCCGCCGUGGGCAGCAGCACGUGAAGCUUCUGGUGUUCUUGUCGAGGAGGAUAGGACAGGCUGGUGUGCGGGGGCGGGAGGAUCUGGCAGCCAGGCUGCAGCUGUGGGUUUCUGUGUAGAGCGCCUGACAACCGUGCCCCCGCUGGCCUGUGGAGGUCCCCUGCAUCCCAGGACAGGCCACUUGAAGCUGGAAGGGAACAGGGGAAAGUGAGGGAAAGGAAGUGCUAUGCAGGCAGGUGGUCUGCCUGGGCAAAGCCCUGGCAGCGGUGGGGAGCGUGGACCAGUGGCGAGGGGAGGGCUCGGGCAGAGGGCAGGCUCCGCCCGAACCGCGGCGGAGG